GGUAAAUAUGAAACCAAGAUGGCCGCCCGUAACGUAGUCUGCGAGUAACGCAAAGUAAAUCGAUCUGAACGAUGGAUCUUACGAAAAAAUAAGGGUUAGGCUUGUCAAACCUGUGUUGAGCUUUGUAAUACCCCUGAGGGGCUCGUCAAGCAACACAAAUAAAGCCGGUGUCUUGAGACCUUCGUGUACAAACAUCGUCGCCUGCACCACUGGAGGCGUUCAAGUUUGUGAACAGAUACUGUACUCGGUCGGCAAUAACUCCAGCGCAAACAAUUCCUUCGGUCCUACUAUACUGACACCAGGAAAACUGUAAUGAAUUCAUCAGAGGAGAAGACGAAUACUUUUGUGUACACAUCGUUUUGUGACGAAAUUCAUGACUCUGUAUCGUGUGAAGGUCCAAAACGUGAAGGAAACUUUAAAGUUUACAGGCGAAGAUGGUAUAUUCUUUUUGUAUUUUCUUUAUGCUCUGCCUUAAAUGGCAUGAAAUGGAACACUUGGGGUCCAAUUCAAGGUACCUCGCAAGUUGUAUUUGGUUGGAGUGAUACGACUAUUACACUGAUGGUGGCCUGGGGACCGAUAGUUUAUAUCAUUUCCUUUUUGCCAAUAUCGUGGCUUAUGGAUACUAAAGGUGAGAAUAUACUAAACUGUAGCAAACAAGGCUUGGUAGAUUGAUAUUUUUUUUGUAAUAAUGAGGGUUUGAGGGACAUAAAUAGUACAAAAACACUUCACGUUGACCGUCCUACAAAAUUAAGUGCUAUCGUGAACUCGAGACACUUGAUACGAUUCUUGGGAAUGCCACCUGGAUUGGAUAAUCUAAAAUUAGGAUUAGACCAUGGACUUUGAUCACUUGACCGGACUCUGGCGUAUACUCGUUCUAAUUACAGUUUCUUGAAAAUUUGGUAGUUAAUUUUAGGUCAAAACAGAGAUCAUUUUGUCUUUUCCACUCAACACCUUUGCUACAUCAGUAUAUGAUACUGCAACAUAUUAUACUAAUGCAGCAAGAACCAAUUCGAACCAGUUUUUGUUAUUGUGUGCAAAAACAAAUGUACAACCUUCAUUAUUGGUAAAGUGAGUGACAAGAAGAUAAUUCAUCGACAGGUUUUUGCUAGGUUCAGCCGGUAAUGGUUUAGAGUGCAAGUUCCGCAGCUUUACUAAAAAAAAGUGAUUAUGACUCUAGCCUCAAAAACAGCAUGGAUUUGAUUACAGCCCAACCUCUCGACAAAGGCCAUCUUGGGGACAGACGAAAGUGGUGGUUGUGGAGAGGUGGCCCUUAUGUGGAGGUACAUGUAGGGGGCAAUAUGACAAUUUUUUUAAAAGGAGUGUAACAUGUUUAUUGUGCUUAGUUCUUGCAUACUGUAUCUCAUAAUGGUAAUCCAAUCAUCUGUAAUAAUUAAUAAUUAAUUAUACACAUACAAAAUGUUAAUGUGACAAAAUGAGCAAGGUUUGCAACAUUUGCCGUAAGUAUCAUAGACAAUUUAUGCUUACUGCAGCAGUAUAAAUUGAACCCAAUGAAAACACAAUUGCCACAAUUAAUCAUUAAUGCACCAUAUGGAUCAAACUUCAUAACCAUUUUUGACUUUUUGAUCAGUUGCUGAAAAAACUGGCCAUUGUUAAGAGGUUAUUUUGGCAGUCGGAGACAUGCUUUAACUGGCCGGUGCUAUUGUACUGAGGUACCCAUUGCAGAGUGGUUUAAACAAGAGUCAAUGAAUAGACUGUCUGCCAGGACAAAAAAGGUGGCCAUUGUGGAAAGGUGGCUGUUAGUGGAGGUUCGACUGUAUAAACACUGCUUACAAUUUUACAAGGUGUAAAUGUAUUUGCAUACAUUUUUAUGGAGAAACCAAAAUGGAAUUAGGAGUUAAAGGCAAUUUUUUUUAGCAAUAUACCAUAAGCAAAGGCAACUGCCCCUGAUGUCAACUAUAUUCAGCCUCAUUCCAAGGGUCCACUUAUAGGAGAGAAGAACCCGGAAACAACUUAGGACAAGAUCUUGCAUUCAUCCAGUGUACAACUGACUUCUUCACAAAGCACGUACAAGAUUUUUGUCCACUGAAAAUCAAAAUUACUCAAUGUCCUGGUGGAUUCCGUCUUAAUUCCUCUUGAUACGACUGUAAAAUCCAGGAGAAAAAAAAAACUAUAUAUGAAAAAUGUCAGGGGGCAAACAAAGGAGUGUUAUGGGAGAUAUGCCAUUGGAAAUUUUUCGAAUUGCCAUCCCAAGCCUCAGUUUCAAAGUGAGGCUAAGUGCAAAGCCAUUGUCUUGGAAACAAGACAUAUUAUCACAAGAAAGGUUUUGCACAUUGCCUUGUUUUGAAAGUAAGUGUUUUGGAACCAGUUAGCCUGCGUAGCAGGCACUUGGAAGUAGUGGGUGGCCGUUCACAUGCCUGUACUUUUUUGCGCCCACUACUUCCAAGCCCCUGCUAGGCAGGCUAGAACUGGGAAAUGGCCAGUUUUUAGAUUUAGCAAAGACAAAGUAACGAAAGAGAUGAUGAUGGCAUGAGCAGAUUUAAAAACGAAAUUGAACAUGACAGAACAGCCAAUUAAGCUUCGAAAGUCGGCUUUAGUCCUUUCUGUGCCCUUUCGUGUUCUGAUUUGAUGUUGUGUUGUCUGCUUAAUCUACCUAAUAACUUGUCCAGAACAGUUUUAAAGCAAACAAUGACAAUUGCAAUUUUGUUUACUCAACGAGUAUUGCUUAUCUUUCGUUUAUUACCCUUUUUCCUUUAUUUGUGCAUUCGAUUCAGGUUUAUUGACACAUCGUGAUUGUAUUUGCUUUUCAAGUUGCUUCUCAGCAUAUAUAUAUUAAACUUAGUGGUCUAAUUAAUUAGUCUAAUUACCACUUCUUCCUCAUGUAAGCUCUUUUGCCUUUCCCUCAAAGGUAGUGUUGAUGAAAGUAUUGACUGUAGUGAAAUAAUGUUUAAGUGCUGUCUACUCUACUUGGUUCUAGGAGGAAAUGUUUGCUUUUGCACAAUCAGCAAAUUAAAUACUUAUGUGCUUUCCAGUCAGUUAACAUUAAUGGCCUAGAUCAGUAAAUGAGAUUCUCUCUUGAUGUGACUUACUUUUUAUUCUUUUUAGGUUUGAGAGCAUCUAUUCUCCUCCUAGGACUUUCCAAUUUCUUCGGAACAGCCUUCCAAGCUAUUCCACUUGCUGAUCUACAAAUGCAAACAUGGCUUGCUCAUACAGGGAUGUUUCUAAGCAGUAUAGGAGGUCCUGUUGCCAUGGCAUUAGGGCCCCUUAUUUCCGCGAUAUGGUUUCCUCCUGAUCAACGCACAACAUCAACAGCAAUUGCAUCAUUGUCUUCCUAUGCUGGAGCAGGGAUGGCAUUUAUCAUUGGCCCACUGUUAGUUCCAGAUGUGGNAUGGCUUGCUCAUACAGGGAUGUUUCUAAGCAGUAUAGGAGGUCCUGUUGCCAUGGCAUUAGGGCCCCUUAUUUCCGCGAUAUGGUUUCCUCCUGAUCAACGCACAACAUCAACAGCAAUUGCAUCAUUGUCUUCCUAUGCUGGAGCAGGGAUGGCAUUUAUCAUUGGCCCACUGUUAGUUCCAGAUGUGGGUAACCAUAGCAUGAGCAUUGGCAAAAGUAUUGACUACAUAAGUAUUCGUAAAAAUAUGACUCACAGUCAGUUGAAUUUUCUUAAGGAGAAAAUCAUGCUUCUUAUGUACACUGAGCUAGGAGUAGCAGUUCUGAUUUUAUUCUUGAUAGUGGUUUUUUUUCCAAAAAAACCUCCACUACCUCCUUGCCUAACCGCAGCGAGUGAGCGUUUGGAUUUUAAAGAUGGCUUUAAAUGCCUCGUGUUCAACAAACAGUUCUUGUUGUUGCUAUUUAUCAAUGGAAUAACCCUCGGUAUUUACAGUGGCUGGACAUCUAUACUAGACCUAACUUUGUCACAGUUUGGGCUUGGAGAAAAAACUGCAGGGUGGCUUGGAUUUGGUUCAUCAGUGUCAGGAAUAUUGGCAGCAAUUAUACUGUCCAGGUGAAACACAUUAAAAUUUUAUUUUAUCCAUUUUGAAAUAACUGGAGAUCUCCGCAAUCUGAUUGGCUCUCAGCAGUGUGAUUUAUUCACGAAUCACACCAUUUCUUGCUCUUUAUUAUAUCCAUUUUGAAAUCACUGGUGAUCCCUGCAAGCUGAUUGGCUCUCAGCAAUGUGAUUCAUUCACCAAUCACACCAUUUCUUGCUCUUUAUUAUAUCCAUUUUGAAAUCACUGGUGAUCCCUGCAAGCUGAUUGGCUCUCAGCAGUGUGAUUUAUUCACGAAUCACACCAUUUCUUGCUCUUUAUUAUAUCCAUUUUGAAAUCACUGGUGAUCCCUGCAAGCUGAUUGGCUCUAAGCAAUGUGAUUCAUUCACCAAUCACACCAUUUCUUGCUCUUUAUUAUAUCCAUUUUGAAAUCACUGGUAAUCCUUUCAAUCUGAUUGGCUCUCAGCAGUGUGAUUCAUUCACCAAUCACACCAUUUCUUGCUCUUUAUUAUAUCCAUUUUGAAAUCACUGGUGAUCCCUGCAAGCUGAUUGGCUCUCAGCAGUGUGAUUUAUUCACGAAUCACUCCAUUUCUUGCUCUUCAUUAUGUCCAUUUUGAAAUCACUGGUGAUCCCUUCAAUCUGAUUGGCUCUCAGCAGUGUGAUUUAUUCACGAAUCACACUAUUUCUUGCUCUAAAUCAUAUCUGUUCUAAAUCGCGUCAGUUCUGUUUUUAAUCGCACCAGUUUUGCUCUAUAUCGCAUCAUUUCUGUAUUGAAUACAAAAUGAGAUGUAAAAGCCUCUUUGUUUCUGCUUCUCAACAAGGCGGCUACUUGAUCAUUAAAAUAUUGGUAUUGACUGAACUCUGCAAUCUCAAAAUGGCUGUAAUAAAGUGGUAAUUGAACUGUGUCGUGCAAUUUUGGUCUGAAAUCGUACUUGCGAGUUUGAAAUCACGCGUGUCAUUUUAGACCAAAUUGCACUCCACUCUGUUCAAUUAUGAUAAUUAACCGUUUUUAUUGUAUUAAAAGUGCAAUAAAACUGACAUUUUAAGUCAAGAGUAUUGAAAAACGGAGACCUACAUGUUUACUUUCACAUACGAGAUCUUUUUUUUUUGAAAUACUUUAAUAUAUUCGACACCAGAAAUAUAUGACACAAAGGAUAAACUGAACAGACCCUCCCGAUCUGUUCCUCGGCCUUAUUAUUUCAGUUUUUUUCGGGGUGAGAGAGAACGUGCCGCCCAAAAAAAACCCUCUGGGACCAGGAUAACCGUUCCGUCAUCAAAAUACCUGAAGCUUGAAUGCUAUUGAGAGCGAAAGAUUUCACGUUUACGACAACAGAAAGUUCAUUCUGCCCUAAGAGUCAAAGGAACCACUCAUUUUUCGUCUCUGUAGGUAUUGAUUGUGUCAAAAAUUCGAAUAUCUCACGAACAAACACUAAAUAAUAUGGUCGAGUUAAAAAUGAACAAAGAACCGUUCAGAUUCCUUUUGCCGUUACAAUAUUUUUAUUCCCACAAAUUUUGAUCACGAUAAUAGAUUUUGAUACUCUGGUUUAUCCACAGACUCGCGGACCAUCUAUCCGGACGCAUGAAAGCAAUCCAGUUUGUCCUUCUGGCUGGCGCUACCAUCUCCUAUGGUUUAUUUACAUUCAUGUGCGCAGGAAUUAUUCCGUAUAACAAGGCCAUUCUCUUUUUAACCUGUAUUCUUGCAGGAUUUUUCACUAAUGGAACCAUUCCGUUAUUCUUUGAGAUGGCUGUGGAAACUGCAUACCCUGUCGCCGAGGGCAUCACCUCUGGUUUCGUAACCGUUGCCGCGAACCUUCUUCAGUUGGUAUUUUACAUAUUUCCCAUGUUGCCAAACUUUGGAUUAAAGUGGAUUAAUUGGUGUAUUUUUAUAACGUAUGCGCUUUCUGUUCCACUGCUUGCGUUGUGGAGAGAACGAUACUACAGAUCGGAAGUUGAUGAUCAAGACAAGAACGCACCAGUAAAUAUUAAUUAG